GUUUCCAAACCGUUGAGAAAAAAAAAAAGAAGGGAAGAGCGAGCCGGAAACGAGAGGGAGAGAGAGAGAGAAAGAGAGAGAGAGCGCCCCAGAGAACAAAGAACGCGCACCCUCGCCCCGCCUUCCCCUGUUCUCCAAAAUCCCAAGCCAUUUUCAUCAGAUCCCUCGCCCAAUAAGCAGAAACCUCCGCCAAAAAAACCCCUUUUUUCUCCAAUUAGGGUAUUCCCUACAAAAGCAAACCCUCUCAAUUUAGGGCUAGAUCCAGAGACCAAGAUCCUCUUAUAAAGGGAAAUUAGGGAUUUUCUCAGAAGCCAAGAAUCUUUGACCGGCAUGAAGGGGCGCUCGCACCGCCUGCCGCCGUCGGAGCCGCCGGACGACUGGGGCGACGGCUCCUGGACGGUGGAUUGCUCCUGCGGCGUGACCUUCGACGACGGGGAGGAGAUGGUCAGUUGCGACGAGUGCGGAGUCUGGGUCCACACCCGCUGCUCCCGCUUCACCAAGGGCGAGGCCUCCUUCGCCUGCCACAACUGCAAGGCCGCCGCCGCAGCGGCCAACAGGCGCCCCCGCCGGUCGCCUUCCUUCCCUUCUGACGAUACCGAGGAGACCGAGGUCGCCCAGUUCCUCAUCGAGCUCCCCACCAAGACCGAUCCCUUCCUGCCGCCUCACCGCCCCCCCUUCCGCCUCUGGACCGACGUUCCCAUCGAGGACCGGGUCCAUGUCCAGGGGGUCCCUGGCGGCGACCCGGGUCUCUUCCAGGGCCUCUCGUCGGUCUUCACCUCCGAGCUGUGGCGGUGCACCGGGUACGUUCCCAAGAAGUUUAAUUUCCGGUACAGGGAGUUUCCUUGCUGGGACGAGGAGGACGGCGAGAACCAGGCCAGCAGGGGGGCGGACGUGCUGUUCUCCCUGUCGAAGGAGAAGGAGGCUGUCCCUUGUGUACCCGUGAGGACUUUUGAGAGGAAAGUGUCUCCGGACAGGGUCAGGAAGGCAGAGGGAGAGAAAGCUUCAAGCGGUGGCGGCUGCUCGUUGAGUUCUGGGAAGAAGGAGAGGAGCAAGCUUCGCACUUUCGGGGCUUCUUCGGGUAAGAAGAGGAAGGAAGAGGCAGGGGAGGGGAAGGACCGGAGCGCAAAGAAGAAAUCUAGGAUUGAUGUCGACAAAGCUUUGGGUGAUAGUAAGAAGAGAGGUUCUGUUCCGAUCAUUGAUGUGAACAAAACUGAACUCCGGGAGGAUGGUGAUUUCCAGGUUGCAGACUCUGGUAUUCCAGAUAGGAAGAGCGGAGAUAGGAAGGAAGAGAUGCCGAUGGAGCCCAGCUCUACUGAUCACCCGGAAGGUACAGAUAAUGGCGUUGAUCACAAACACCUAAUUGAUGUAAAGGCUUCUGUGGAGGCAUUUUCUGGACAGGGGAUGAAACAAAAGAGUUCAAUGGAAAUACCCAUGAAGAUCGAGAAAGCUAUUCAGCCAGAUCCCGUAAGAACUGAAAUUCCUCAAAAAACUGAUGUUGGAUCUGACGGGAAAGGAAGUGUUCUACCUGAGGAAUCUGUGAAGGAAGAGGUUGUUGGCAAAGCUGGACAUGUUUUGAAACAACCGAAGGAUGAAAGCCAUUUCGAAGGGGGUGUAAAUGGAAGUGCAUGCAGUAUAAUGUUGGAAUUGGAGAAUUCAAAGCCUGCUACUGGUGAUCUCACGAAUAGUCAUCAUGCUGUGCUUGAAACUCCGAAUCUUUCUGAGUCAAGUAGUUUGAUUUUACCUAGCUCAAAACUGGAUAAAACUGAAGUGAAGAUUGAAAUGGGUGAUCACCAAUCUGCAGGAAACUCAAAAUCACCAUUUUAUCCUGUUACUGAUGGGAAGUUGCAUAGCAUGGAUCACUUGCCCUAUAAUCUUCAAAAGCCACCUGGUCAAUCAUCUGAGAGUCUUCGGGACAUUUUAAGUGUUACUGCUUCGCCAUUUGAUGAACCGAAAGCACAUGAUGUUAAAAAAGAACCAGAACUAAGUCAUCAAGGUUGUGACAAUAUGACAGAAGCAACAUUUGCUAGUUUUAAUGACCAUAAUCAAUGCGGGUUGGAAGUAGAGUCAGCAACAUCUCCACCAGAACAGGUUUCCUCAGAACUGAGGCAUUGUUUAGUAAAUGUUGAUGGAACCAUGAAAUCUGAUUCUCAAAAUCAGAGCCAUUCAGUGUCUGGUGGACGGAAGUUGGUGUUAGGUGCUGGAAAAGCCUCUUCAACUUCAUCUGUACCUGUCAUAUCAAGAUCUGUUUCCGGUAUUUACAAGUCACAGAGCAUCAUGACAUCUUCAACAUCUAGAAAGGCUGUUCAUUUAAUUAAACAUCGAGUAAAGGUGAGUGCGUGUACAGUCAGCAAGAAAGACAAUGCAGCAACCGCUGUAUCUUCUGAAGAAAGCACGCAAGAGGUUUCAAGACAACCAGCAAAAGGCCAUCCAAAAGGAUCAAUAUCUUCUGGAUCUAAAUCAUCUCAAACAAGCAGAACUUUUGUUUCUGCUUCUAAGCAUACUUUAUCAGAUUCAAAAGAACAACUACUUUGUCCAUCAUCAAAAGCAGAAGAGACAACAGUUGUGUUAGGCUCUGGUGAAACAAAUGAAUCAUCACAGACUCAAACUGCCUCUGUUCAAAUCAAGAUGUCUUCAAACUCAAGCCAGAAAAAUGAAAAGACCCAUCAACCAAUUCCCCUACCCUCAUCAAAAGUGUUCAAUAGUUCAAUGCCUAUGCAUCCGCCAGCACCUGUUAAUGCUACCACAACAUUAAGUGAUGAAGAGCUUGCACUACUUCUGCAUCAAGAGCUAAACAGCUCUCCUAGGGUUCCUAGGGUACCACGUGUGCGGCAGGCAGCUGGCAUGCAGUUGGCUCCAACUACGAGUGUGCUUUCAAAACGCUCUUCUGGGUCUAGUGGAAAGGAUCAACGUUCUUCUCGGUCUGGUGGAAAGGAUCAUGUUUCGGGUUCUAAAAGGAAGGAUAAAGAAGAUGCAUCCAGAGAGAGUUCCCGUAAUUCUCGUGAGAUAAAUGAUGAAACCAGAAGGAUCUGCAAGGUACAGUCUUCACCUGAGUGGAAACAUCAAGAAUCUUCCUUCAUGUCCGAUGGUUCUGCCAAGAAGGAUACACAGAAUAGAUCUUCUGAUACUGUGACAUCAGUGAAGAAAAAUAUUCCUCUUGCCUCCACUGUAGGUACAAACAGUGGUCCUCCUUCAUCUGAGGCCACUGGAUCAACUUCAUCAAUACGUAACUCACCUAAGGAUGUUCCGAGUGAUGAUGGUACUCUUGCUUCACGCACUUUGCCAGGGUUAAUUGACGAGAUAAUGAGUAAGAACAGGCACAUUACAUAUGAGGAGCUAUGUGACGCCGUUCACCCUUACUGGAAUGAUCUGAGAAAGCCAAAUGGGGAACGUUAUGCUUAUCCUAGUCAUUUACAUGCUGUUCAUGAUUGUCUGAGAAACAGGAGUGAAUGGGCUCAUCUCAUUGAUCUAGCCCCGAAGACCAAUUCCAGCAAGAAGAGGCGAAAGCUUGAUUCUGACAUGCCAACCACAGAAUCAGAAAAUGAAAAGGCCAAGAACAAGGCAUCCGGGAAGGUAGAAGAUAGGGGUGCGGAGUCACAUCAUGAAGAUUUCCCAAAGGGCAAGCGAAAGGCCCGAAAGCGGAGAUGGCUUGAACUGCGAGGCAGGGGUGUGAAGGAGGCCCGGAAGAGACGCAAUCAGGAUGCUGCUUCCGAUGAUGAUCCUGAUACCUUCUCUCAUUCUAGCAACGAGGGUAAAGAAAACCUAUUUAGCGAGGAUGAAAGCCCGGCAGUUGGGUCACAUGCUGUUGGAGCCGAUCUCUCCAGUUCUAGCUCCGAUGAUACUUAGUGAAGCAAUGCUGAUGUUGUUUUUUUUUAGAAACACAUCAUCAAGAACAUGGAUACUUAGUUGAUGUUUGGUUUGCAGACUCGUUGCACUGCCCACCCACAAAUUUACCCUGGAUCUGUCUCAGGAGAUGCCGAUACCACAGGUGUGAGAAAGUAAUUUUGACAGCACCUCCCUCUGACAAGGAAGAAUAUCACCCAAUUUUUGGACAUUAAAUGUUGUAUCGUGGGCUUGGGACGUCCGUCUGCGAGUGUAACAUUAGUGUAUAUGUAAAAUUGCAUCUUAAACCUAGUUGCUGCCAGCUUUCGCAGCAGUGUAGUGAACAGAAGAGCUUGAGUUCUCUCAAUAAUAGCAGCAAUCCUUCUUUAUGACAA